AUAAUAUCUUGUGCGUAUUUGCUUACAUGUACUACUACUAUCCUACUGCUGUCAAACUUAGUACUUUUAUUUUUAAGAAACUAACACGAACAAAAGACUUUACCAGGGAUGUUCUACCGUCUGCUUUUCCCGUUGGAAAACUUUGGGAAGAUGGACAGGUGUUUCGGUGUAAAUAGUGACCCCAAUAAAUGAAGACUUACGGUUAAAUGCGUCGAAUCUGCUUUUGAAACACGGGCAAAGUCCUCCCAAAGGCACCCUUGUUUAGUUUUCACUUACCAUAAUGUGAAAGUACACCUUUACUGGAAAACCAACGGUUUAACUGUCUGAAAGUUGCCCGUUAAAGGGGUCACCCCGAAACACUACGUAAAAGGCAAUGUUUGACUAAUCUGUUACUACGAACAUGAGUGCUCAUUACAAAGGUAGUAAGGAGGGGGAAAAACGUCACCUAACCGACCUUGCUGUCCUGAAAGUGUAACGAAGAAAAACGACUUGUAGUUUGUCCGAAAUCGCUCGGAAGGGCAACUCAACCUUUAGCUGUGUUUACUAUUUCGGUGGUAAAGGCGCUUAUUUUUUAUAUAAGGCAGUCCGGAGUUCUUAUCUGCGGUAUCUUCGGCUCUGACCAUAAAAAUAUUCGACCCGCCCUCAUACCAGGGCUGUCCCGGAGUUGAAAACCCAGCGAACCACACGCAUGCGCAGUACUAUCCGCAAAGUCACAACAAUGUGGCUAACUGUGGGCAAACCUCUCCAAAGGUUGAACCAGCGGUACGGUUUGACCUGCACAGGUACGAAACGCAAAAUUUGUAAGGCGUAGGACUAAAUUUAAAGAAGCGUAAAGCUAGAAUUGUUUUUAAGAUGUGGGUCGAUGUGGUUUAGCUGGUUUAAAGCUGGAAUUUAUGGAUGUUAAAACCAAUAUAGCAGCAUGUGAUGCCAGCCAACAUAGCUGUCCUAAGUAGCUAAAUUAAGAAAAUACAAGGAAUUACGUUGUUGAAAAUGGGUUUGAUUUGUUUUUCCAACUCUUUUGUUCUGGAGGAAAGCUACGUUUCGUUUUUGUCCAAAUAAUUGUGUAAAUUGAAUGGAGAAAUGGUGCUGCCUUACGAAUCAAAACGCAUGAACUAAACUAAUAUGAAUUAAAAGGCACCAUUUUUUGCAAGGACAAAUGCAUGUACCUACUAUAUCAAUGUAAAUAAAGCUACGUAUUAAGAUCAACACACUUACUGCACUCCACUUUGUCUCAGCAGUGUGUGUCCGCCAGUUGCACAGCAGUGCCACGCAGUUCACAGACAGCAGCUAUGAUGGUCUGUAUCCUGGACACAUCCACACCACCCCGGUCCAGAAAGCCCUUCUCGCUGUGGGGUCGGGGGUGGCUGCUCUCCAAAACCCUUACAGACAUGGUGAGGCUCACACACAUCAGCAAAGGGCUCAGGUUACAGCCUCUUCUAUUGUUUGGGUCACUCUUUGUGUCUUGUUGAAUUUUCCCUGUCUCCUUUUUCUCCUUGUGAAAGAUGUUUUUCCGCGUCAAAACUUACAAACACUCACAAACACAUGGCCGAUCCACUGGCCCACAAUACCUUUAUUUCAGCCAAACAAAGAAAAAUACACAAAAUGACACUCUAAUGAGGCUUAGAGAUGUUGUAAAAACAAAUAUAGAGACAUCUCCCUUGACAAGCGUGCAUGAGAAAUCCCCUGAUGUUCCAAACUUUGGAAAUUUCCUCAAAAUGGGGAGCGGGUUUUGCUUAGUGGUUAAAUCAUGCAGCCCAUAUCCAGAGGCUUUCGUCCUCUGAUCAGGCAACCCAGAUGGAUGCCAACUUGCUGUCCUUUUGUAGCAUGUGAUUCUUCGUACACUCUUCUCAUUUUUCCUCUCCAUCUACCUCUAUAAAGGUAUAAAAGCCCUUAAAAUAAGUUGUGCUUGGUGUUGAAGACAAUCCUUCUUUUAGUGGGGUAGAACAUAAAGAACACAAACUCUAAAUCUCUAAUUCAAUAAGUAAUGCUUAAAGUAAGAGCAGCUCUCAUGUGAACUUCAGUUUCUUCAAAUAAAAACAGACAAAACCUUAUCAUUGUGUUCACUUCUUCUAAAACUUCUGUCUUAUUAGCUGCUCUAGAAACUAAGAAUCUCUAAUAACAACAAAAUGCCAACUUUCUGUCCUUUGUAGCAUGUCAUUCCUUAUUUCUCUCUUCUCAUUCCUCCUCUCCAUCUAUCUCUAUAAAGGCGUAAAAGCCUCCAAACAUUUUUAAAAAUUCCUUAAAAUAAGUUGUGCUUGGUGAUAAAGACAAUCCUUCUUUCAGUGGUGUAGAACAUCAAAAAACACAAACUCUAAAUCUCUAAUUCAAUAAGUAAUGCUUAAAGUAAGAGCAGCUCUCAUGUGAACUUCAGUUUCUUCAAAUAAAAAGAGACAAAACCUUAUCAUUGUGUUCACUUCUUCUAAAACUUCUGACUCAUUAUCUGCUUUAGAAACUAAGAAUCUCUAAAAACAACAAAUUGUGAUUGAGUUACACCUGUGAAGAAAAGAUUUGGGUCAUAUUUGACCUCCAGGGUCUAGAAUGAGCCUUGAAGGUCAACAGAGUGUUUCUCCAUCUUUCAUCGAGAUGGAGUGGAACUGACUGUGGGAACUAAAUGUGUUCCUAAAGUUCCAAGCUGUGCUAUUAAAGCAUUUGAAGAAACCAGAUUUCCUCCACAGAGUUUAAGUUUUCAAUUGACGCUUUGCAAGAUUACAAAGGAAUUGAGACUGAAAUGAUGCAGGGACAUACUGUAUGUCACGUUAUUUAUCAGUCUGCUUGCCUUACAAGAAAUAUGUCUGGUGAAGCCUGAGUCACAAAAAGAGAUACUAACAUUGAUUCUUGAGAUUCUUGUGAUCAGUGUCCCUCUGACUGUUCGUGUCAUGAGAACUUGACUGACUUUCAUUAUGCUUUACAUUGUCACCGGUACCGAGUUUCUCUUCCACAUACUUGUUCGUGUGCCUGUUGUCUCUAGAGACUGUUUUGACUGUAAAAAGUUUCAUCGAAAAAGAGAUCACGCACACCUGUCAUUUGUCGUUUAUUUUAAGAGCUGCAGGUGAUUUUACAGAGCUUCACAUUACCCUCAGUCUGUGGAAUAAUUUCAUUUUGAAAAGUGCUCAAUACUUACGCUAACACAAUUGGAAUCUAGAUAUAUCUAUCUGUCCUUUCAGUUCAGUAUUUAAACUCCACUCUACUUUCUGUUAAAAUAUAUAACUCUAGAGCUUAAUUGAGAAAACCUCGAUGGCAUCAUCAGGUUUGACAUUUUCAGACCUUUUCCCUGAAAACCUCCCCCACUCAGCAGCUGUUUCACAGGUUGACUCAGGUCUGAAGGUGAGAUUAAUCGAACUGAUCUUUAAAUGUAAAGUUGGUGGAAUGUCCCUUUUAAAAUCAAGAAUUAACCAUUUUUUUAGCAGCUUCUCAACCUCUGUGAAGACAAACUUAAAAAUGAAUGUUGAUUUGUGUAUUCAGUAUCAUCUAAUUUAAUAAAACUCUGCACAGACAUGGUUGCAGUACUCGGGGAAACAACCGGACACUUCGCGUUGAUAAAUCUCAGAGACAGGAUGAGGAAUGAUCCUGAAGGAUAUGCUAUCCUAACGUGAGAUUUGACCCAGCUGUUAUGUAACUUAAUGAUUCAGAAGCUUUUGAAUUGUGCUUGUUUAGUGUUGAAGAAACUGGAUUUUGUCUUACUCGAUACUGCAGAGAAAGACCGAGAAUCAGGCUGUCUACACUGGAUCUGAACAACAUGGCCACCUUACCUGACGGUUCUUUCGGGAGAGAAUACCUCCGUUUUCUGGAGGAUAACGUGAGUCUCUGCUGAUGGAUUUAAUGUUUGUUUUGUGUUUCUUAGCAUUGAUGUCACCUAGAAAACCAUAAAUAGCUGUUGGAAUUCCCUCUUCUAAGUUUCUUUCGCUUUCUCCCAUGUACCUACCUUCUCUAUCUGACAGCAUGUGACCCCUGACUCCAGGGCUGAUGUGAAGUUUGUGGACAAUGAAGAGCUGGCGUAUGUCAUGCAGAGAUACAGAGAGGUCCAUGAUUUACUGCACACGUUACUGGGCAUGCCCACCAACAUGCUGGGUGAGUCAGGCUGCAUCAAUUCUCAGCAUGCUUCCCAGAUAAGAUAAAGUAUAAGUCCAGAAUGACUCUGGCCUUUUCUAUCUUAUCAGAGGGGUAUUCCAGUUUCAUCAAAACUAACCUCUGUGAACUGAUUUCAUAUCUGCUUUUUUGGUUCCACAAACUGAAUUCACUUUUGAUUGGCAGAAACUAAAGUGAACAUGUUGAUUUCCUCAUGUUUAUGUCAUUAUUUCCUCUUUUUUUCACACGGAUCAGAGUUAUAAGUCUGAUCACCGACUCUCAUGUCUAGAUUUUUGAUUGUGUCUAUCAGUUUACUCAAAUUACAGAAGGAACAAAAAUGUCUGGGUAUCAGUGUCUUCAAACUUAGCAGCAGGCUGGCGGGUUUUCUUUCAACAAACCCUUGUUUUCCUUGUUUUUCCGACCCAACCUGUUCAGCCCCAAAGAGCUUUAAUACACACAGUUUCAUUUCAUCAGUCAGAGUGAUUUCUGGAAAACAUUCAUGUUUAAAAAUCUGAAUGUUUGGUCUUUUGUAGUCAUCAAAAUUUGAUUAGAUUAGUCACCAAAGACAGAUUAAUGUCAUGAUCAUUGUGUUGAUCACUCCCCCUCUUGAGAAGACAGUUUUUGAAACACUGGGGUUUGAAUAAACCACUGAACUUCACUUUCUUUUACUUUAGAAGGUCACUGAGUUCCCAUCCAUUGUUUGCUGCUUUGAACACAGAAGGCUACACAGUUACAAUAUUUUUAACACUGUGAUUGGUCGCUUAAGUGGGUAUUAUUUCAGUAGAGCUGUCCUACACAAAUAUAGCAUGCAGUAAAAGCAGCUGUACAAUAUGAGGUUUGUGAUCAUAACACACUGAAAUAUUGUCGCUGGUGUUGCUGUUUAAGUUUAAGAUCUCUCAAAGUGUUUCAGAGUAAACUUAACGAAACCACAAUCUGCAAAAAUAAACUCCUAAAAAUGUACAUGAAUAAACCCCCCAAUAGAUACAAAAAUGCAUUUUACAACAUGUACAAAAAUAAACCUCUCAAAAAGUAAAAAAAAAAAGUCAGUCUUAUUCAAAAGAUAUAUAUCUGUAAAUGUACAAAAAUAGCAUCUUUAAAUGUAUAGAAAUGCUCUUCCUGCAGGCGUAGAGAAACUCUCUUUUUAAAAUGUACAGAAAAUCACUUCUUAACAUGUUUAAAAGUAAAAUUAAGUUUGAACCAAAGGAGGUUUUGACUUCAAGUCCUCAGAAUCGGUUAUUCUGAUUUGAAUAAAGCAUCAACAUCUAAAGGUCUACAUGUCCUUUUUUAUUUCUUCAUUUUAGAGCAAGAUAAAUGUAAAAAUAUUCAAUGCUGUUUUUAGUAUGAUUCCAGUCAGCCUGUCUCUUCAUUCAUUAAUAAAUUUCAUGGGCCCUAUUUAUUUAGUGUUGCUAUGGUGGUUAAAUGUGCCAGAGCCUCACUAGUGAUCGUUUCUCCAUCCUUUAGAUUUAUGAGGAGUUUGAAAACUCAGACACUUUCAUCACAGACCUCAGGACGUGGUUCAGUCUGUUGAACCUUUUCUCUUCGUCAGGCCUAAGAGCUUCAUUACAUAAGAUGACUUCCAUGAUCUGUUUUUCAGUCGUCUCUACAUGUUUCAUUUUUUUUUAACUGUGUUGUUCUAAAUUUUGGGAUUGUAUCUUACAUUUUUGCUGAUGAGGCAUAUUUGGUUGACUGUACAACCCACCAGUCUUGAGAACAAGCUGAAUAUUGGUGGUAAAACGAGGAAAAAUAGUGCUUUGCUUCGGGGUUUUAUUGGAGAAGUUGAUUUGGACAUCUUGACAUCUGGUUUCCUCUUCUCUUUUCUCAUCCAAUCCAACCCUUUUGUCUUUCUCUUCCUGUCUACUUUCCUUCUUGCUGUUUUCAGGUGAAGUGGCAGUGAAGUGGUUCGAAGCCGCUCAAACUGGACUCCCAAUGUGCACUCUUGGAGCCGUGUUGGGACCACUUCGGCUCAAUGCAAGGUGAAAUAUCAAAGUGUAAUACAGCAGAGUACGGGACUCAUAGGAUAAUCAUGGGGGUUUUGCCGCUGUAGAAAUGAAAUCAAUCAAUUGAGUGUUAUCCCAAGAUGCUUAAGAGGUAAGCUGGUCUAGACCAUGCUCCGUUAUAAGAUUGAGUCCCAUCUUUAAGAUCAGACCCACUCCCAUCUUAUCUUCAACCUCAUGAGUUGAAACACUUCACAGCAUUUAUCAAGUUACAGUGGAGAGGAAAAACUUCCUUUAACAGGUAGAAACCUCAAGCAGAACCAGACUCAUGUUCGACAGUCAUCUGCUGCCACUGCAUUCAGUUUAGAGAGGGGAUGGAGUGAGAUGCAGAAAGAGAGAGAGAUGGACAGAGAUGGAAAAGUUUUGAGCUUACUCUCAAAGGUAGAUAAGGUGUUGAAAUGUUUGACAGUUUAUUGGUUAUUGCAGGAGUUGACGGUUAUUUUUUAUGAAAUGAUAGAUGACUCAUCUGUGUCUACUCGUUAACCCCUCCUUGGUUUGUCUUCUCACACACAUGGGUUCCCACUUUCAUUCUUCUCACAUUCUUGCUUUCAACCAAUCUUGGAAACAGUUCAAUUGUUUAACUGUCACGGCGGUUACAAAACUCCACAGCAUCCUCUCCUGUAAAUCAUUAAUCGUUCCUCUUGUAACGUCACAGAACUUCCCUGUAAUUUUUGAGGAAUUGGACUGCAGCACAAUUUCCUUUACCAGAAUUGUAAUUAUCUCAUCAUUGAUCAAAUUCCCUGUGUGUUUCUUCCUUGUUUGGUUUUUCCUUUCAGACGGUUACAGUCUCUCUUUACUUCCCUGGGUCCAUGGGCUCUAAAAAACGGCCAGCAGUCCCGCUGCGUCCUCAGCAUCUUCUACGAGAGACGGUGGGAGCAGAGUGUGGAGGACCUGCGACAGGAGCUCAACAUAGAGCCGCCUCCUGUUACACUCAGUGCUACGAAAAAAGGGAGCACCUGAGAAAGACAAUCACUGCACUGAAAGACUGUGUUUAACGGAACAAAGGAAACACUCAAUCACCUGUGUAUUUGUGAAACUUGUGAAAACAGGGAAGUUUUCAACUUGACAAAUCUUGGUUUGUCCCUGUUUUAAAUGUUUCUAUUUGAGUCACCUUAGUAUAGUAGAAAAAAAAAAGUUUCAGACGGAGAUAAAUUCUCUGACACUCUUUAAAAGCAGGUCUACUUAAACAGUCACACAACUUUGUUUUUAAUUAUGUGAGAAAAAAGCAGGAUUUUGUGUCAAAGAUAAAUUACAAAGUAAAUUAUAGAUAUAUUGUUCUAUGUUGUUUAGAUUUGUUAUAUGACUUGACCAUGUGUGAAGUAUUUACAUAUACAUCUAUGAAAAGUUAUUUACAGUAUUCUUAUGAAAUACUCAGGUAAAUUAGAGCUACAAUAUCCUGUGCACCUGUAGCUGUACAAAUAUGCGUGGGAGAGAAGCAGAUGUCGGCUCUAAAAAAAGACAUCUAAAUAAAUGCACGCCUCUCUUUACGGUAACAACGAAGUGAACAAGAAGUGUGUACUCUGCUUGACAGAUGAGCAUUCCUGGCAAUGAAGGUGACAAAAAAAUAUUUUUCUAAUUUAAAUUGGGUUUUUUGGUUGAUGAUUAAUUGCUGAUAUAUUUUAAAAUUUGUGUGUAGUCCAUUUCACAGCCAAGAAAACUUUUUCUGUACUUUUGCAUUGCAUUAUUGGACUGUAUAAGCUUAAAAUGUGACUGUACGAAGACGUGUUACAUCAUGUUAUAAAAGUUCAAAUGUAAACAUUUUUUGUAGAGAGAUGAUUCAUCGGUGUGUCAAAACUUACAUUUGGUUCACUGCGGUUUUUCACUGUUGAAUACUCAGACCACAAGUAUCUUGAUUAAAUAAGAACACUUGAAACACAUCAAGAUUAAACUUCUUCAGACAUGACUCUGCUGAGUCAUUUCUUGGA